CUACAUGAUCGGUAUCAUCUGAUGCCGAUCAUCACCCCGGCGUAUCCUCACCAGAACUCGACAUAUAAUGUGUCCGAGUCGACCCGCACCAUUAUCAUGGAGGAGUUUAGAAAUGGUCUGGCGAUAACGGAGGAGGUAAUGGCGGGCAAAUGUGGUUGGGACCGUCUCUUUGAGACGCCCAACUUCUUUGCUCGCUAUAAGCACUUCAUCGUGCUCUUGGCUUCCUCCAACAGCGCUGAAGACCAGCUCCAGUGGUGCGGGUUCACUGAGAGCAAGAUACGCCACCUUGUCUCAAGCUUGGAGCGGAACCAACCCAUCUCCGUAGCACACGUGCACCCAGUGUGCUAUCCCAGCGUGCCGCUCCACACCAACAACGGGCAGCCGAUGGCUUUGGCACCAGGUUCCUCGGCCUCUGAAGUGGCAGCGGAGGUCAAGACCGAAGAUGGUGUCAAAACCGUCAACGGAGAUGGGAAACCAAGCCACUGCUCGAUGUGGUUCAUCGGCCUGGCGUUCGAGCAGCACAAUGUCUCCGUGGACUUGACAUAUGACAUUAUGUCAUUCACGAAAACAUUGUGCUACCAGGCCGAUAGGAGCAACGUGUCGCGAGUCGGCAGGACGAUUGAGGCCCGUUACGUUCGCCGCAAAGAGCUCCGGCAGUACCUUUGUGAGUCGCUUCUGGAAGGCGCAUUGGCAGCAGGCGACAAACGACGCCGUGCCAAACGCGAUGUGCCAUCCAAGAAGCGACGAGUAGAGGAAGCUGACGGAGCUUGA